GCUCGCUACCCCCCAUGACCAAGUUGAGUCGCUGUAUCAUCGAUACCUUCCUUCUAUACUACAACCUCAACAAACUUGCUUUAUCAUGACACCAGUAAAGCUGACGGAUGAAUUGAAGAAAGAGAUAGGUCAGCACUUCAUAUUCGGAUUCCAUACCCAAGACCUCUCGUCUGAUAUCAAAACACUCAUUGGACCACCCUAUUACGUCGGCAAUGUCAUUUUCAUGAAGAGAAACGUUCACGACGCAUUGCAAGUCAAAAGACUGAUUCGAGAUUUACAAGAGCACGCAAAGAAUUCUGGACAUGAGAUGCCUCUGCUUAUUGGAACUGAUCAGGAAAAUGGCCUCGUUUCAGCUUUCAGCUCAAAGACCACGGUUACCCAAUUUCCUGGAGCUAUGGCGUUAGCAUCUACAGACUCUGAAAGCAUCACAGAACAAGUUUACUCUGCAUCAGGGAAGGAACUGAAUCUUCUCGGCGUACAUUGGGUCUAUGCUCCAGUUGCGGACAUCAAUAUUGACAAGCGUAAUCCAGUCAUUGGCGUUAGGAGUUUUGGGGAUGACCCCCAACGAGUCUCUAAGUUCGUCACCGCAGCAGCUCGAGGUCUAAUAAAGUCAGGGAUAGCUCCCGCUGUCAAGCAUUUCCCUGGACACGGUGACACACACGUCGAUUCACAUCUGGCACUUCCGAAGAUCAUGAAAGAUAAAGAAACGAUAACUCGAGUCGAACUUGUACCGUUUCAGCGAGUGUUUGAUGAGGCGAAGAACAAUUCCUCAUUGGGUGGCCUGCUUACCGUGAUGACAUCCCACCAUGCACUACCCGUCAUCACUGGAUCCGACGAGCCAUGUUCGUUGUCAAAGACGAUCACUACUGGUUUGUUAAGGGAGGAAAUGGGGUUUCAAGGGGUUGUGGUGACGGAUUGUUUGGAAAUGGAUGCUAUCGCUGCUACAAAGCAAGAUGGUGGCGCUCAAGGUAUUGGAGCAAACGCUGAGCGCGAAUCAGGGUGGGACGGUGGAUGUGGUACGGAAGAAGGUGUCGUUAGAGCUUUGGAGGCAGGAGCUGAUAUAGCUAUGGUCUGUCAUACCAUGGAAAGGCAUGUGGGUUCGGUGAAGAAAGUUUGGGGUGCUGUAGAAAGCGGAAGAAUCAGUAUGGAGGAUAUCAGGAAGGGAGGGGAGAGGAUCAAGCGAUUGAAGGAAGUGGUAUUUGGUGAUGUUGACCCGUGGAAGCGGGCUCUGGAAGGCAAUAGUAGUUUCGAGGAAGAUUGGAAGAGGGCAAAGGAGGAAAGUAAGCGAAUAAGCGAGGAGGCGUAUGGGAAGAGCAUUGUCGUCAUACAGGACAUGAAUGGGAUUUUACCGCUCAAAAGGGGUAGGACUGUGCUUUAUACCCCCGAGAACGAGAGCUACAAUAAGGCGGUCGACGACGCGGAAGGUGUUCUACGAACGAAGGGCGGUCAAUUAAGGAACACUGCCGGGGCUUUUUUCCUGUCUUUCGCCUCGUCAAUCAAGGAAAGAGUCGGAGUGUUGGACCAUGUCGUAUAUCUCAAGAACGAUCCUCACGAAGUCAAUGUCAAGGCACUAGAAGAUGUAGAUCAGAUCAUUUUCGCCUUGAAGAACGCGGACCGAGGAAAAUGGCAGAUCACUGCGUUGAGGGAAGUUCUGCGUCGAGCGGACAGUUCGACGAAAGUCGUCGUCCUUUCGUCGAGUACCCCUUAUGACCUGGAUGACGUUGAGCUAGGAGUACCAUUCGUACACUUGGCGAGCAGUGAAUAUACGGCCGAAGCGCUGGAAGCGACCACUUCGGUGAUAUUUGGGGAACGAAAGGCUCCGGGUUCAUUGUCAGUGGUUCUGUAAACUCGUGUAGUUGUAUCGUUAUAUGUGCCUG